UUAAAAAAUGUUUAUAACAGUUAAUUCUAACAUGAUUCCACGAGACAAUCAGCUUAUUUAAAUCAAGAGAUCAAUCAGUUGCUGUAAUGACGUUGAGAAUAUACCCAACACACACAAGAUCAUAUUAAUCCGUGUAUACGUAAAUACAUGAAAUAAAUUGUAAAGGUAAGUACAGAUACUAGCUAAGUAAAUAAAAGUUUAACCUGAGCGACAAUGUACUAUGAUAUUAUAUUGUUAUCAAAUUUAUAACGGUAUGGGAUAUACGAACAAUAUAGAAAGUAAAUACCAACUUGUACAUGUGCGAUGCACUGUGUAACUAGAAUGCAUUGCAACUAAGUUUUGAUGGGUUUAGAUAACAUUGUUAUGACCCAGGUUUUAAUAAACAUUCUCUUAAGUAAUUAUGCUGGCAAUCUAAUUUUGAAAUCAUGCCUUCGGAUACUGUGAUCCAUGACUACAUCGCCGGCGCUGUCGGAGGGGCAGCAGGAUUAAUCGUUGGACAUCCUUUUGAUACAACCAAGGUACAGUUACAGACACAGCAUCACGGACAUCAGUAUAAAGGUACCUUUGAUGCCAUAAAGAAUAUCAAUAAAUUUGGUCUUAUAAAAGGCUUCUAUAGAGGAUUAUCAUGGCCCUUGUUUUCAUUUGGUAUCGUAAACUCGACUUUCUUCGGAGUAUACGGCCAUACCUUGACAUACUUAGAGAAGGACAAAACGAAAAGAAAGUCAAACCUGUUACACAUAUACCUAUCAGGAUGUGUAGGCGGAGCAGCUCAACUUGUGUUUGUUGUACCUGUUGAUUACAUAAAGACAGCGUUACAGUCUCAAAUUCCACAUGAUAUGUCGAGUGCUGCAAAAGAGGCAGGUCAGAGAUUUUUCAAAGGACCAUGGGAAUGUUCUAAAGCAAUUUAUAGGGAAAGAGGUAUUUUUGGAUUUUACAAAGGUGGGCUUGCUAUGGCUUAUCGGGAGAUACCUUCAUACGGCAUAUACUGUCUUACGUAUGAAAUCCUCAGCGCAAAGAUGCAUGAACAUGGACUAACUGACUCAAACGGAAUUGUCGCCAGUCUUGUAUCAGGAGGUAUAGCCGGGUCCUUAACAUGGGCAUCCAUCAUACCGUUUGACGUUAUAAAAAGCCGAUUUCAGGCGGACUUCUCCGGAGAAUACAGAGGGUUUAUGCACUGUGCACGAAUGCUGUAUAAAGAAGGUGGUAUUCGAAUUUUCUACACUGGCUGUCUUGUUACAUGUCUACGAGCAUUCCCAGUCAAUGCUGUAACAUUCACUGUAUACACUCAAACAUUAAAACAUCUAGAAAACAACUUUUGAGUCUUAAUGGAACAAGUCAGAUCACACGUUAGGGUAUUUUUAUUCAUAAGUGUUCUCGUUAUAUUAGAAGUGAUUAAACAGGUGAAUGUAAACAUU